GUUGACAAUCCAAAACUGCUUUGCGCAAGUGUGGCUGUGGGAACCGCCAAAAAAACGGGCGAUGCUGAUUCUUUGAUGGAUCGAGUGGUCAACGCCACAUAUGACCUUUGCCGGUCGAACCCGGGUGCGGGAUUGAUUCCAACCUUCCCUGACUUUGCCCCGCUUCUCGCAAAGAUGUCUGAAACGCAGACUCGGAGUGAAGAUCCAGGUUACCAGGUCACCGUGGUCAAUGCUGAUGGGUUGAUUGUGAAGGAACCCUUCUUUGAGCAGUUCGGGGAAGGUGAGAAUGAGAUUGCCGAAUUUCACGCCAUCAUUGAAGACCAUAACAGCAAGUACAACCGCGAGGGUGUGCGACUUGCGCGGGAGACCACCGCCAAUCCUGUGGAAAGUGAAGGUUCUGGCCCAAUGUCCUGCCCUUUGGUUGAGAGCGCUGAGCCGCUGACCAUGGACAAGUUGGCCAGCAUGGAUUUGUAUUUUCAGUCAGCUGCGGACCAGUGUGAUCUGCUGAACCAUCGUGAAAUGUUCAGCUUUGGAAGUGGAAGCUUCUAUGAUGGGACUGACGCAGUCGAAGUUUUGGAGUCGGACGACGGCAGCGCCAUCCCUGUGAACAUGAAGUUUACAUCGCUUGUCAUUCUCGACAAGAAAAAGGCAUUGUCCCAUCUCAGCUCUCUGCAAUGCAUUGAGAAGGCCGUGAAGCUGCGUGAACUUCUUCUGGCCUUAGAAGACCAGGGUGAGGUGAACGUUGGCUUUUCUCAUCAUACCGUCGAUUUGGGUAAUGAUUCGAUCCAAUGCGAGAAGAGACUUUGCUUUGUCAUGGACCCCCCCAAAGCAGAAGAACCAAAGAACAAGAAGCGCAAGAAAGACAAGAAGGCGAAGGCGGGUGAACCUCAUUCUGAAAAGCAUUAUUUUAAUUUGACUUCAAGCCUCCAGAAUCUUACAUUCAAUGCUUUUGGACGUCAACCAAAAGGCUUUCUUCUUCGUUUGGGGGUUGGCAACCGUAUAUAA